AUGAAUAUGAAGUUUUCAAGCUAUUCCAUUUCCCCUUCAUUUUCUCCUUUAACUUCAAAUUUCAUCAAAAAUACUCUCAGAUUACAGACGACUAUAUCUCGAAGAAGCCCUAGAAAUUUACGCAUUUCAAGGCUCUUUUCGGCGAAACGACAAUCGAAUGAUAAACACAAGGCUGUUGCCAAACGCUAUCUUCCUCCUUGGUUUAGUGUUGCCCCAAUGAUGGACUGGACGGACAAUCACUAUAGGACUUUAGCGCGCAUCAUAUCAAAGCAUGCUUGGCUGUAUACUGAGAUGCUUGCAGCUGAAACAAUUGUUCAUCAAAAGGAUAAUCUCGACAGAUUCUUGGCAUAUUCUCCGGAGCAACAUCCCAUUGUGCUUCAAAUUGGAGGGAGCAAUGUAGAAAGUUUGGCAAAAGCAACCCAACUUGCUAAUGCUUAUUGCUAUGAUGAGAUCAAUUUAAACUGUGGUUGCCCAAGUCCAAGAGUAGCUGGACAUGGGAGUUUUGGUGUGAGUCUUAUGCUUGACCCAAAGUUUGUUGCCGAGGCUAUGUCAGCAAUUGCUUCAAGUACAAAUGUACCUGUCAGUGUAAAAUGUCGAAUUGGUGUGGACGAUCAUGAUUCUUACGAUGAAUUGUGUGAUUUCAUAUUCAAGGUUUCUUCUUUAUCACCCACUAAGCAUUUCAUAAUUCACUCAAGGAAGGCACUGCUCAAUGGCAUUAGCCCAGCUGAAAAUAGGAGUAUUCCUCCGCUGAAAUACGAAUACUUUUAUGGUCUUUUACGAGACUUUCCAGAUUUAACAUUCACAAUAAAUGGGGGUAUUGCUAGUGUUGAUGAGGUCAACGCAGCUCGAGAAGCUGGGGCUCAUGGCGUUAUGAUUGGACGUGCAGCAUUCUAUAACCCUUGGAAUAUAUUGGGACAUGUUGAUACUGCAAUUUACGGUGCACCAAGCUGUGGUCUUACACGCCGCCAGGUUCUUGAAAAAUAUUUAGUCUAUGGGGAUUCGGUGAUAGGGAAAUAUGGACAUAAGCCAACUGUACGAGACGUCGUAAAGCCUUUACUCAAUCUUUUCCAUUCAGAACCUGGAAAUGGACAGUGGAAGCGCAACGCAGAUGCUGCUUUUCGAAAUUGCACGACAAUGAAAUCAUUUUUUGAAGAAACCCUUGAAGCAAUUCCUGGCUCGGUAUUGGAUUCACCUGUUUCAGAACCAUCUCCUGGCCGCACCAAUCUUUUUGCUAAUGUAGACAGUUUACUGCCUCCUUCAUACAAAACAAUAGAAGAGGCGAUUGUUAUAUGCGCAUAG